CAUCCCAGACACUAAUUCCUUUCCCAAUUGUAUUUCUCAUCAUUAACCCUUGCUCUCUACGUGAAGUACCCACACUACCGUGUUUCUUCUCUUUCUUGGUCGCCUUGUAACUUUUCUCUGUCACUGCUUCUUUUCCAUCAUCAACUUUAGUUAUUCCAUCUGGCUACCUCUGUCUGCUCAGAUCCCAACUCACCUUCUUCCCUUCCCUUCCUAUUGCAUGACAUCUUUGCCUGCAAUUUGGUCGACUCGUCUGAUCUCUAAUUCUCUAUACUCUCCAAAAUGCCUCUCCUUCCCCUGAGAUGGCUAAUAAUGCUUCUCCUCAUACUAUCAGUGUCUUCCUCAUCGCUGCCGCGGCGGAGACAAGAAGAAGAAGCUGCAGCAGCAGCAGGUGUGUGCUCAGUAGCAGAUAGAGCUGCCCUUCUGAGCUUCAAGGGCAGAAUAGUCAAGGACACAACCGACAUUCUGUCUUCAUGGACAGGCACAGACUGCUGCGCAGGAGGAUGGGAAGGUGUCGAGUGUAACCCAGCUGGGAGGGUUACGGUCUUGCAGUUGCAGAGUCCUGCAAAUAAGGGGUACAUGAUGGGCACUCUCUCCCCUUCUCUCGGCAAUCUGAAUUUCUUGGAGGUCAUGGUAAUCAGUGGCUUGAAACAAAUUACAGGUCCUAUUCCCGACACCUUCUCCAAUCUUGCUCACCUCACUCAAUUGGCUCUCGAGGACAAUUCCCUCCAAGGCAACAUUCCUUCAGGUAUAGGCCGUUUGUCCUCCCUCCGGAGCCUCACACUCGCUGGCAACCAUUUCAAGGGCAACAUUCCGCCAAGCCUAGGGGGUCUGACCAAUCUUGUACAACUCAACUUAGCAAGGAAUUUGCUCACAGGUCCAAUCCCAACAACUUUUCAAAAUUUUCAUGCUUUGCAGUAUCUGGAUCUUAGCUUCAAUGUCUUAGCUGGCCUCAUUCCAAGCUUUGUAGGGCAGCAUCUUCACAACCUUACUUUUAUAGACCUCUCCCACAACCAAUUAUAUGGCCAGAUGCCUAUAUCUAUCUUCAGAUUGCCAAACCUUUUGGACUUGUCAUUGGAUCAUAACCAACUGACGGGGAGCUUUCCAGUCCAAGUUGGCCAACUCAAAUCCCUUACGAGUCUUUCCUUGAGCAACAAUCGACUUAACGGUCAUAUUCCGGCAUCCAUUUCAAGUUUGCAGAACCUCUGGCACCUUAACUUAUCCAGAAAUGGGUUUUCAAGUCCUUUACCAGAGACUUUUGCCAGAGGCAUUCCUUCUCUGUUGUCAUUAGACCUAUCUUACAACAAUCUCAUUCUAGGGACUGUUCCGGAGUGGAUCAGAAACCGGCAACUUAGAGAUGUGCAUCUUGCUGGAUGUCAAUUGAGAGGAACCCUCCCAAGCUUCACAAAGCCCGAGUCUUUGAACUCCAUAGACUUUUCCCACAACCAAUUUACUGGUGGAAUUUCAAAGCUCAACCUCACCAGCAUGUCAAGCUUGCAGAGCCUCAAGCUCUCAAACAACCAGCUCAAGUUUAACCUUCUAGAAAUCAAAUUGCCAGACACCAUAUCUCUGGUUGAUUUUCACUCAAAUCAACUCUUUGGAUCUCUCUCGAGGAUAUUAAUUAACAGGGGAAGCAGCUUUGGCUUUUUGGAGGUUUUGGAUGUAUCAAACAAUCAAAUUUCAGGUGGCAUUCCAGAGUUGAGACAAGGACUGAAGCUCAAAGUACUCAACAUUGGAAGCAAUAAGAUUGCUGGUCACAUCCCCAAUUCAGUUUCAAACCUGAUUCAACUUGAAAGGUUGGAUCUCUCAAGGAACCAGAUAACAGGCACCAUUCCCACAAGUUUGGGUUUGUUGGGGAAACUCCAAUGGCUUGACCUGUCCAUAAAUGGACUCACCGGAAAAAUUCCAACAAGCUUAUUGGGUGUGGAAGGUCUAAAACAUGCAAGCUUCAGGGCAAAUAAGUUAUGUGGACAGAUUCCACAAGGGAGACCAUUCAACAUUUUUCCUGCAGCUGCAUAUCUCCACAAUUUGUGCUUAUGUGGCAGGCCUUUGCAACCUUGCAGAGGCAAGAAUAAAGGCCACAAGCAGAGCAGAAAGACUCCAGAAAUAGAAAUGAGCCAGUAAAAUGCUGACUCACUUGCCCAAGAUUCGCUCACAGUACCUUAGGAGCAACUUGAAAAUGAGAUAUAAGCAAGAGCUAGACA